AACUAAUAAUUUUUACAUUGAAUUCGCAACCCGAUGCUAACGUGCGCAGUGUCCCUGUUGCGGCUGCACCGGGGCGCCCUGCUAAUUUGCGCACCUCCCUCCCCAAAAUCUCCGCCUGAAAUACUCAUCAGCCACCAUGUUGAUCUUCCAUCUUCUCCACCAUCAUCUCCAUGGCACACUCCUCCUCCGCUCUCAGAAAACCCGUCGCCGCCAAACCCCCAUCGGCGAAAAGCCCUCCUCCUUGCCGGCACUCCCCGGCGGCGACGCUUGACAUACUCAUCUUCGUCCUCGUCCUCUUCUCGGGGGCUUUUCUGAUCCUCUCCUAUUUCUCUUACCUGUUCAAAUCCCUAACCCUAAUUCUGCCCCCUUUCUCAACAAUCGUUUCCCAGCUUCAUUACCACAUGGUUUCAAACCCGCAGGCGGUGGUGAUUUUCUUCGUGUGUUUGGUUGUCUUCUUCGUAACUUUUCUGGUUUCGAUUGAGAUCUGCUUCGGGCACAGAUCGAGGAGGUGCGGGAGGAAAGCGUGCAGGGGGUUGAAGAAAUCGUUGGAAUUCGAUUUGCAGUUGCAGGGGGAGGAUAUGCUUCGAAUUGGGGAUGGAAACAAGGCGGUGAGAGAUGUGAAUCAGUUGCCAUGGAAAGGUGGGAGUGAGUUCAAUCCUGAUUACGAUUGUCUCCGUAUCGAAUUAAGGAAGAUGGCUCCACCUAAUGGCCGCGCCGUACUGUUGUUUCGCGACAAAUGUGGCUGCCCCGUCGCCAAGCUCGAAGGUUGGGGGCCUAAGCGCGGCCGCCGCCAUAAGAAGAGUAUGGCUCUCAUCAGCGGAGGAGGAGAUCAUCCCUGACCUUGCGCCCGCCCCUCACCUGCUAUUGGUUUUUCUGGUUUUACUAUAUAUUUGUAUCAGUAGGGAAGCUUCCUUUCGAACUUUACUGAUUCAUCACCAUAAUAGAAUGUAGUCUUGACGGAACAUAUAAUACAUUAUAUACAAAAUUUGAUGACAGUAAAUACAUGAAUUAACUAAGCCGUCGAAACUUCCUAAACUUCGCAUCUUCAUCUGUAUUUCAUGACUCUGUGUUAUGCUUCCAGUUGUGGGGUUUUUACUUAUCUUUCUAUAUUGCUCGACAGGUGAAUAUAGACAUUCGAUUUAUUACAUUUUACAGCUUCACAUCCAUUUUUAGGUUUUUUUUGUCUUGAAGCAAUCCAGGGUCGUUAAAAUGUGAUCAGCAGCCAUCUUAUCGUAUUGCUGAAGGUGAGAGAUAAUGUGUUGCCUUGAAACUUUUAAGAAUCGAACAGCAGGCAAAGUUGAAAAAAUGGGGUGGGGGGGUUCGGCUCCUAUGUCUGUGGGCCUGAUGAUUCCAAGCAUCCUGCCAUUUUAGUCGCAGAUGUUCAUGGUUACAAUUCCUGAUUUUGAUUCUUCAAGUUUCGUUCUAUGCCCUGAAUUUUACAUUCUGGUGCCGGAUUUCUUCCAUGGAAGCGCGUACCGAUCAUGGAAUGGCUAAAACGUCACACCCGCUUAGGUGGUCGCGGAACAUCUUGGUUAUUAUCCGCAUUGAGCGUGCUGCUGAAAUCUCGAUCGACACUUUCCGUCAGCGGCGACGGCUCCGGCAGCAAUACUUGGAGCUGAGAUCGACGAGUGGUCUCCGCCGACAUGCUAAACCUGAGGUCGACGGCGGCAGUGUGAAGAUAUACAAGGAGGACGACGACGAUGGCCACAAGGAAAUGGUGGAUUGGUUUCUAAAGUUCGUUGGAUACUAAGACCACCAUCUUCAUCAAAGAAAUUCGUUCUGAGUUUUACUUCCACAUCACUUUAUAUAUAGUUUUUUACUCUAUUUGUGCUAUUUAAAUAUAUAGAUUUAAUUAUUUUUAAAAUAAAAUUUUAUAUAUUUCUGAGAAAACAAGAAAGAGAACCAACUGGGAAUAAGGGAAA